CCGGGCGGCUAGGUGGCUGCUCCGAGGUCAGGGGCAGAGGUUCUGCAGGUUUGCGACGAAGACUUAGGUGCGGCGCGACGCGUUAUCGGAGAGGCGGGCGGAUCCGAGGCGCACCAGCUCCGUCGCGCGGGUGGCUUUGCGUUCUCUCCCUGGCACUUCGUGGAGGAGGGCCGCGCAGGAGCAGCUUGCCCUAGCAGUCACGCAUGUUGCGUUUCCGUCGAGCCAGGCAGCAUUCAGGAAUGUGGUCUCUGAGACCUCGCUUUCGUUCUCCCGGCAGACCCACCUCCCACAAACCCCGAGGCUUUCUUGAGGCGGAGAGUGGAAUAUGAUGGGUGAGGAGUAUGAAUAGAGCUGUCGUGUGCAGACACCUUCGGGAAUAGUGAAUGUUUCACAUGCCUACAUUUGAGCUCUUCCCUAAGGAAUGGAAGCCCAGACUGCCUGGGAGUCAGGAGACUUCGUUUCCAUCUCCCGCCCCUUACUGCUGCUGCAAAUCCAUGACUGGCUAGAGACCAUCCGCUACAGCGGACGUCGGAAACCGAGAGCUGACAGUUCAGGAGGCAGGAAAAAGACAUGCCGGCGCUCUCAUCCCAACAGCCCAGGCUCCAGCCAGCCCGGAGAGAAAAGACCUGAGGAGGUGGCCCUCGGGCUGCAUCACCGCCUUCCAGCACUGGGAAGAACCCUGGGUCACAGCAUUCAGCAACGAGUGACCUCCACAGCCAAGACUUGGUGGGACAGAUAUGAAGAGUUCGUAGGACUCAAUGAGGUUCGAGAGGCCCAGGGAAAGGUGACAGAGGCAGAGAAAGUGUUCAUGGUGGCUCGAGGGCUUGUUGGAGAGGCUCGGGAGAACUUGGAAGUUCACCAGGCUAAGCUGAAGGAAACGAGGGACCGCUUGGACCGUGUCUCCAGGGAGGACAGUCAGUACUUGGAACUGGCCACUCUCGAGCACAGGAUGCUGCAGGAGGAGAAGAGGCUUCGCAUGGCUUAUCUGCGUGCAGAAGACUCUGAGCGUGAGAAGUUCUCCCUCUUCUCUGCGGCUGUGCGGGAAAGUCAUGACAAGGAGCGCACAAGGGCUGAGAGGACCAAGAACUGGUCCCUCAUUGGCUCAGUCCUGGGGGCCCUGAUUGGUGUGGCUGGCUCCACCUAUGUGAACCGUGUCCGGCUACAGGAGCUGAAGGCCUUACUCCUGGAGGCACAGAAGGGGCCUGUGAGUCUUCAGGAGGCCAUUCGAGAACAGGCAUCUAGCUACUCGCUCCAGCAGAGGGACCUCCACAAUCUCAUGGUGGACUUGAGGGGCCUGGUACAUGCUGCUGAGGCAGGGCAGGGUUCUGGGUCACAGGCAGGUACUCCCCCGACCAGAGACAAAGAUGUAGAUGUCCUUUCAGCUGCCUUGAAAGAGCAGCUCAGUCAUUCCAGGCAGGUCCAUUCAUGUUUAGAUGGUUUACAAGAUCGGCUUGAUGGCCUAGAAAAGACUUGUAGCCAAAUGGCUGGAGUGGUUCAGCUUGUAAAGGCUGCAGCACACCCAGGCCUGAUGGAACCAGCAGAUGGGGCUAUGCCCAGCUCCCUGCUGGAGCAGGGGAGCAUGAUCUUGGCACUGUCGGACAUGGAGCAGAGACUAGAAGCCCAAGUCAACAGGAACACCAUCUACAGCACCCUGGUCACCUGUGUGACAUUUGUGGCCACACUACCUGUGCUCUACAUGCUAUUCAGGGCCAGCUAAUCCCGGGCCCCUCCUUCAGAGGGUCUGAGGCAAUAGCUGUGCAUGUGGAUUUAGUUAGAGAAUAGCAAUGAAGCAAGCCUUUGGGGGGGUGUGCACAACCUCAGCCUGAAGGAGCAGUAUCUGUAUGGCUCACCAGCAGGCACACUUUGCUUUGUAGGCAAGGUCCAUUUACAUUAAUUAUCAAAACUUUGUGCUAAUGUCUGAUUAAAAUUUCCUGAGUUUUAUUAUUUAAAACAA